AUCAGUGUAGCCCCAGCAGUACCACCUGACAGUGUCCAUCAGUGCCUUGUGUCAGUGCCCAUCAGUGCCACAUCAAUGCCACAUAUCAGUGCCUACCAGUGCACAUCAAUGCCACAUAUCAGUGCCCAUCUGAGCUGCUCUUUUAGUGUCACACAUCAGUGACAGCCAGUGCCACCUAUCAAUGCCAAUCAGUGCCACCUAUCAGUGCUGUCAAUCAGUGCCACCUAUCAGUGCCAGUCAGUGCCACCUAUCAGUGCUGUCAAUCAGUGCCACCUAUCAGUGCCAUCAGUGCCACCUAUCAGUGCCAGUCAGUGCCGCCUAUCAG